AUUUUAGACCCGGUUUGCCCAACAGAUGGGAAGAUGAUGGCCUAGGGCCAGGGGUCUUGCACCAUGAACGUCCAGCUGAGCUUGGAGAACGGCGGAGACAUGUCCAUUCAGGAGCAGGAGCUGAUGCACAGCGACAGCCGGGCCCUGCACUCGGCCCUGCAGAGGCCGUCCCUGGUGGCCUCCGUCCUGGAGGGCAGCGAGUACCACCGGGCGGAGCAUGCCCUGGCCACCACCUUGCACCCGGGGCUGGGCUUUGGCGGGGAGUCGCCCUCCGCCGGGGCGGGGAACAGCUACACCACUCUGACGCCUCUGCAGCCGCUACACGAGAAGUUCCACCACCACCACCACCACCACCAGUGCCUCCCCAUGGGGAACGUCAUUGGCAGCUUCACCCUCAUGCGGGAAGACCGGGGCCUGGGCGCCGGGGGGAACUUCUACAGCCCCUACCCCAAGGACAUCGGCAUGGGGCAGAGCCUGUCCUCCCUGCCCAGCCCGCAGCUGGGCCCCAUGCACAACUAUGCAGGCCACUCCUCCGGCCCCCUGGGCAACGAGAAGAUGGUGCUGGGCAACAGCUUCGAGGCGCACUCGGCCGCCAUGUUUGGCCGGAUGGAGCAGCACUUCCCCCGGGAGAUGUCCCCCUCCCAGAACUCCACCAUGGCCUCGCCCAGCGCCAUGGGCCAAACCCCCUACGGACACCCCCGGGCGGAGAUGAACGCCCGGCCCAACCCGCCCAUCGCCACCCAGACCACUGUCCUCUCCAGCCAGCUGGAGGAGAUCAACACCAAGGAGGUGGCUCAGAGAAUCAUCGCCGAGCUGAAGCGCUACAGCAUCCCCCAAGCCAUCUUCGCCGAGAGGGUCCUCUGCCGCUCGCAGGGCACCCUCUCCGACCUCCUGAGGAACCCCAAGCCCUGGAGCAAGCUCAAGUCCGGGCGGGAGACCUUCAAGAGGAUGUGGAGGUGGCUGCAGGAGCCCGAGUUCCAGAGGAUGGCAGCUUUAAGGUUAGAAGCCUGCAAAAGGAAAGAGCAAGAUCAAGGCAAAGCCGACCGAAACCACCUCCCUAAGCGACACCGCCUGGUCUUCACGGACAUCCAGCGCCGCACGCUCCAUGCCAUCUUUCACGAGAACCAGCGCCCUUCCAAAGACCUUCAGAUCACCAUCGCCCAGCAGCUGGGCCUGGAGCUGUCCACUGUCAGCAACUUCUUCAUGAACGCCCGGAGGCGCAGCCUGGACAAGUGGAUGGAGGAGGGCCGCUCCCCAUCCUCGGGGGGCCACGCCACCAACCCCUCCUCGGCCGUCACCUGCACCAAAGCGUAAC